AUGCGUAUGACACUGGCGCGGAAGGGACUUCUGGCACAUGUUCAAUAUGUGAAGGACCCGUCGGAGAUAAAUGAAGGAUGGUUUCUCGACGAUAUUAAGACUUCAGGUCUGAUUGCCCAAGGGAUUGCAGGAGAGCACCACACUAAGAUUCGUUUGGCGAACUCGGCUCUUCCUGCGUGUAACACGCUCAAGGACUUCUACAAUCGGGCAACGCUACACAACCGUGUGUCGAUGAAUCGUCGUAUCCAUGAAUUCGAGAUGGAAGCCGGAAUGACGAUGUCCAAGCACCUCGACAGUUUUGAUGAACUGGUUUGUGGAGCUGCAGGCACUGAACGAAUAUCUGGAUGA